UGUCUCUGAGUUUGUCCUUCCUCUUCUCUCUCACUCACUCGACAACAGCUGCUCUGUUAGCAGCUACCACUGACAGAUACACCACAAUAACCACAUCGGACAGCCUAAGCACCAACUUUAUUUUUAAUCAUUUAUCUUCCCAGUUGCGUUUUUUUACAUGGACUACACGUUUAUCACGACAAAGCGAGCUGUAUUCAUAAGCGUUUUGGCCGGACGGAGAGAGGCUACGGCAGGCUAAUCUGUCUAGCUUUGCUAACAGCUUCAGAUCAGAACGUUUGAAACAUUGCUGUAUUCAUAAACACAGACAUGGAGUUCAACGUUAGACGACUAGCAGCGGACGCGGGCACUUUCCUCAGUCGUGCUGUGCAGUUCACAGAGGAGAAAUUCGGGCAGGCAGAGAAGACUGAGCUGGAUGCCCACCUGGAGAUGCUGCUGAGUCGGGCAGAAUCCACCAAACACUGGACAGAGAAGAUCAUGAAGCAGACAGAAGUUGUGCUACAGCCAAAUCCUAAUGUCCGGGUGGAGGAGUUCCUUUAUGAAAUGCUGGACAAAAAAGUCCCAACACGUGCCAACAAUCACGAGAUGCUGGGGCAGUGCAUGAUUGAUUCGGGCCACGAGUUUGGACCUGGAACAGCAUACGGUAGUGCUCUUAUUAAAUGCGGGGAGACGGAGAAACUGUUAGGCAGUGCAGAGAAAGAGUUCAUUCACAGCUCCGCCAUCAACUUUCUCACUCCCUUUAGGAACUUCAUUGAGGGAGAUUUUAAAACCAUAUUGAAAGAACGGAAACUGCUUCAGAAUAAGCGUCUAGAUUUGGAUGCAGCCAAAAACAGAAUGAAGAAGGCUAGAGUGGCUGAUGCUCGCUCGGCAGCAGAGACAGAACUAAGGAUAGCACAGAGCGAGUUUGAUCGGCAGGCUGAGAUCACCAGGCUUUUGCUGGAGGGCAUCAGCAGCACUCAUGCUCAUCACUUGCGCUGUCUGAAUGAUUUUGUGGAAGCUCAGGCUGCGUAUUACGCCCAGUGUUACCAGUAUACAGUCAAUCUGCAGAAGCAGCUGGGCAGCUUUCCAUCCACGUUCUCUAACAACAAUCAGCCGUCUGGCAGCUCGUCCGCCAGCGUGUGCGUGCCCACAGCACCACCAGCCGCGUCUCUGCCUGCUCCUCCACCCAGCCAGGCUUCACCUGCUCUCAAUGAGCUGCGCAGUUCCUCCGGCACCCGCAAGGCCCGUGUGCUGUAUGACUAUGAUGCCGCCAGCAGCACGGAGCUCUCGCUACUGGCAGACGAGGUGAUCACGGUGAGCAGUGUGCCGGGCAUGGACUCUGAUUGGCUGAUGGGGCAAAGAGGAAAUCAGAAAGGCAAAGUGCCAAUUACCUACUUGGAGCUGCUCAACUGAAAUCAGCGAAACGUGUGAAAACUUAUUGACACUGCAGAUGUGUGUUUGACUAGAAUAACACUCCAUGACGUGAUCAGAGAGAGAGAGAGAGAUUUUAAUGUAGCGCAGAGCAAUAUAUCAGUCUUCUACACUGCCAUGUGAACGCCCUCUUCUGCCAUUCAGGAGGCGUCACAGUAGCCUUACAGCAAAGAAAAGCUCCACCAUCGCCAACUAUUCAGCAGAUUUAUGUGCCAAUGGAUUUUUUUUACUGCUAAACUAUUUGAUUUUGCUAUAAUGUGGUAUGAUGCUUUAUUAAAUAUUAUAUGAACACA